AUGCUUUUAUUGAAGACAUCUUUAGAAAGUCCUAUUAAUCAAGUAGAAGUAUUACCAACACAUGUCGUAAAAUGGGUUUGGGCUGUAUACAUCUCAUUAUGUAUUCCGGAAUUGCAAUGUUUCAUCGGUUCCAUUCAUCGAGCUUUCUUCCGGAAUGUCAAAAAACCAACAUUUGCACAGUUUAUUACUGUUUUUGUCGUAGAAACUUUAAAUGCUAUUGGUGUUGGUAUAUUAGUAUUUAAAAUAUUGCCUAAUUUGGAUGCCAUUACUGGAGCAAUGCUUACUAAUUUUGCAUGUUUUAUGCCAAGCAUUUUGUUGUUAUUAAGUCGUCGACCAAAUCGUUUGGCUAUAUUAUUUAUGGGCGCUGAUAUUCUUUGCAUUAUUGUACAAAUUGUCGCAUUAUGGGCGCUUUCGGUAGCAAUUGAUUUAAAUGUAUUACUUGAAAAAUUUAAAUUUAUUCUUCCAUUAUGUUUAAUAUUAAUAUCACUUGGUUGGUGGCAAAAUUUCGUUCAUAUUGAAAGUGCCUUGUCACCAAUUCGAGCACUAGCACGAUUUGCUGUGACAUUGAAUGAACGACGAUCAAAAAUUUACAUUCUAAUCUCGAUUUGGAAAUGUAUCGUCUAUUUACUUAUGGUAUUACUGGUACUUAACAAUAAUAUCACAUCAAAAGAUCUCUUUGAAAAUGAUCCAUUUGGUGAGAAAUUACUUACAAUAACUGCCCGACAUUUAAAUCAAACUCAAAUUAACAAAUUUUAUGAUCGAAUGGAAUUGGAAUUGGCUAAGAAUGAGAAGAAUGGUGAAGUCCCAACAAAAAAUGCUUUAAAAUUCAUGGGAAUGCAAAUGACAAAACCAUCUUUUGUACUGAAAAAUCAUGGUAAUCGUAAUCUAAUCAAUCAAUGGAACAAUCAUAAUUCCCGAUCCUUUCCGGAUCAAAGCCAAUCAAUACAUCAAUCAACUGUCGUGUCACCAGCAACACAAUUCUUCCCACCACAAAGAAUUAGCAAACAUGAUGAUCAUAAUGUGACAUCUUAUUCAUUAACAGUUAACAAUUUUAAAUCAAAUGAAUCACCUGAGAAUCCUAUAAAAGAAGAAUCUGAAAAGCUUUCUAAAAAUCGAAAGAAGCGAACAAUCGAUGAUGACGAAUAUGAAAUACCACCAAAUACUUAUAAU